AUGGUGGCCAUCACCGACAACCAGUUCCCCACAAAUUCACAGAGCGCCGGUGAUGCCCUCAUUAGGGCGUCCAGCCUGCAGGGUCCCUCCGGCCGGUGUCUCUCUCUCUCUCUCUCCGGCUGUCAUCAGCCUACGGAGCCCCACCUCACAGCCGCCCCGCAGGCCGUCAACCCCGUCACAGCCGCCCCGCAGGCCGUCAACCCCGUCACAGCCGCCCCGCAGGCCGUCAACCCCGUCACAGCCGCCCCGCAGGCCGUCAACUCCCCGUCACAGCCGCCCCGCAGGCCGUCAACCCCGUCACAAUCACCCCGCAGGCCGUCAACCCCGUCACAGCCGCCCCGCAGGCCGUCAACCCCGUCACAAUCACCCCGCAGGCCGUCAACCCCGUCACAGCCGCCCCGCAGGCCGUCAACCCCGUCACAAUCACCCCGCAGGCCGUCAACCCCGUCACAGCCGCCCCGCAGGCCGUCAACCCCGUCACAGCCGCCCCGCAGGCCGUCAACCCCGUCACAGCCGCCCCGCAGGCCGUCAACCCCCGUCACAGCCGCCCCGCAGGCCGUCAACCCCGUCACAGCCGCCCCGCAGGCCGUCAACCCCGUCACAGCCGCCCCGCAGGCCGUCAACCCCGUCACAGCCGCCCCGCAGGCCGUCAACCCCGUCACAGCCGCCCCGCAGGCCGUCAACCCCGUCACAGCCGCCCCGCAGGCCGUCAACCCCGUCACAAUCACCCCGCAGGCCGUCAACCCCGUCACAGCCGCCCCGCAGGCCGUCAACCCCGUCACAAUCACCCCGCAGGCCGUCAACCCCGUCACAGCCACCCCGCAGGCCGUCAACCCCGUCACAGCCACCCCGCAGGCCGUCAACCCCGUCACAAUCACCCCGCAGGCCGUCAACCCCGUCACAGCCACCCCGCAGGCCGUCAACCCCGUCACAAUCACCCCGCAGGCCGUCAACCCCGCCGUCAACCCCGUCACAAUCACCCCGCAGGCCGUCAACCCCGUCACAGCCGCCCCGCAGCCCAUUAACCCCGUCACAAUCACCCCGCAGGCCGUCAACCCCGUCACAGCCGCCCCGCAGGCCGUCAACCCCGUCACAGCCGCCCCGCAGGCCGUCAACCCCGUCACAGCCACCCCGCAGGCCGUCAACCCCGUCACAAUCACCCCGCAGGCCGUCAACCCCGUCACAAUCACCCCGCAGGCCGUCAACCCCGUCACAAUCACCCCGCAGGCCGUCAACCCCGUCACAAUCACCCCGCAGGCCGUCAACCCCGUCACAGCCGCCCCGCAGGCCGUCAACCCUGUCACAGCCGCCCCGCAGGCCGUCAACCCCGUCACAGCCGCCCCGCAGGCCGUCAACCCCGUCACAGCCGCCCCGCAGGCCGUCAACCCCGUCACAGCCGCCCCGCAGGCCGUCAACCCCGUCACAGCCGCCCCGCAGGCCGUCAACCCCCCGUCACAGCCGCCCCGCAGGCCGUCAACCCCGUCACAGCCGCCCCGCAGGCCGUCAACCCCGUCACAGCCGCCCCGCAGGCCGUCAACCCCGUCACAGCCGCCCCGCAGGCCGUCAACCCCGUCACAGCCGCCCCGCAGGCCGUUGUAA